UAGGAUUUUUAAACCUUAACCACACUGCUAACCUUAUUCCUAACCUUAAAUGAACACAAAAAAGCAACCUUUUUUUUUCAGGAAUUUUGACGAUGUAACCUAUUUGGAUUUGUGUGGCUGUGCUAUCUAGUGGAAACCCAAAAGAGGUGGGAGAACUGAGAAUUGGGUGGUGUCGGGUUUACUGAUGGAUUGAUACAUUGUUUCUUGGGACUGCAGUUCAUUUUCGCAAGCACGAGUGGCUGUCACUGGUGUCUGGUGUCAAGCCAUUGAUGUUUAUCUUUUAUUGAACGAUGUCUAAUAUUUGCUGGCAAAUUACAGAAGACUAUCGAAGACUAUAGGCUAGGCUUUUGGGAUCUUAUUUGGAUAAAUUUUCUUGGCACAUAUUUUGUCAUACGUCCAAAGAUGUCUGUUUUGGAUGAUCUCAGCAAAGCCGGGAUGGCAGAGUUUCAGGAGAAGCUGCGGCUGCAGCACGAGACCUCCAUGCACAAAGAGCUGGAGAAGCUGCUGACCACAGCCAAGGGGGCUGAGCAGGAGAUUUCCAAAAAGGACUUUGAGGGUUUUAAGAACCUCUUCCACAGAUUCCUCCAGGUAAAAGGACCCUCUGUGAAAUGGGACAAGAUCCACAAGCCCCCAGAGGAUCUG